AUGAAAUUUCCUGACACCGAUUUUGCGCUGGUCGCUACAUCUUAUGUCCAUGAAGAUGGAUCAUCUGAAAUAGCUGCUGCUGGAUCCAGAGAUUUCAUUGACUCUACAUUCCGCCCUAUUCUAGGUAUGGUAAGAUUUAAUCCAGCUUUUGUACCGUCCACACCAAGUAAUUUAACUGAUUAUGAUAAUAACUUUUUCAGUACAGUUCUCCAUGAACUCACACAUGCACUUGGAUUUAUGUACCCACUCUUUGAACACUAUCAUCCUAUUAAUUCAACAACUCCGUAUGGAAAUAAUGCUCUCUGUUCUUUCACUAAAUAUGGAAGGAAAUUUACAUUUUUAGUAACUCCAUAUUGUCAUCUUUUUGCUAAGAAGAGAUUUGGUGUUGAAACAUUUUAUGGUGAUAAUGGUGCUAAAUGCCCAUCUGGUAUUGAAUUGGAAGAUCAAGGUUCAUCUUCAACUGCUGGAAGUCACCUAGAGAAAAGAGUAUAUAACUCAGAAAUAAUGGUUGGAGAUGAUACUCUGACAAAAAUACCAUUUUUCAGGUAUUCAGAUGCAACAUUAUCCAUUCUAAUGGAUACAGGCUUCUAUCAAAUAAAUUGGGCAAAUGCACAACCCUUAGUAUUUGGACAUCCUGAGUCUAUUGAUGGAAAACCAAUUGAAGGUUUUGCAAUUGACCCUCCACAAAAAUCAUUCCCGGAAAAAUACUUAUUUGAUCUAACAAAUGAUGUUGGUUUUGAUUAUAGAUCAAUCACAGCUUACUAUAAUAAGUUAAUAUUAGAAGAAUAUAUUGAUUGUAGUAAUCCUUUCUUCCAAUUAUAUUGUGGUGAAGCAAGAUAUGCCUUCUAUAAUCCAGUGAAAUCGCCGGUAAUUUCAUCGGAUAUUUUGGCUGAUUAUCAACUAACCAUUUAUCCAGAAUUAUAUUGUUGGAAUAAUACAGCAAACCUUCCAGGAAGACUUACUGAUGUUCCACAGUAUACAAAUGCAGGAGAUUUAAAAAUCGAUGAUAUUUGUGGAACAUAUAAAUGUAAUAAUUAUGAAAGUUUCGAUUUUACAAUUAAGGAUGCAGAUGGAAAAACAAUAACAAAGACAUGUUCGAAGAAGAACAUAAAUGAAGAAUUCAAUCAUACAUUAAAAGCUCACUAUAACAAUACUGAAUAUAUAAUAACAAAGACAAACUAUUGUCCAGAUCCAGAGAGAUUUUGUCGAACAAUGAAAUUAUCAUAUAUGAACUUCAACAAAGAUCCAUUUGAUCCAAACACAAAAGUUCUUGAAGGUUAUCCACAAACGCCUCCAGAAUGGACAUUUGAUUACUCAGAUUUAGACAAGGAACUUAAAGCGGAAAAGAAGAAACUUGCAAUUGCUCUUGGAGUUACUUGUGGAAUCAGUGUGAUUGUUGUUGUUUCAAUAGUUCUUUGCUGCUAUUUCAAGAAGAAGAAAUCACAACCAUAUCAACAGCAAUCUGAUCAAGUUGAAGAAGACAUGGUAAAUAAUCCAUAA